CUCCAGAUUCUCUCCGCAAAUACUGCCGUGUCCCUGGUUUUGCUCUCCACACGAGCCUUGUAAAGAUUACUGAGGCUGCAUUUGGAAAUAUUCAAGAAGACGACGUGUGACGAACGAGCCGGCGCAUAAUAAAACUGCGUCGAAUCAUCGAAUUGUCGAAACUUGGAAUUGGAAUUAUCCGCUUUCGGUAUACUCGAGUAUAGGGACGUCAGAAUGUCGCAGGCCGUGAAGAGGGCUUGCGAUGCAUGCCAUCGACGAAAGGUCAAGUGCGAUGGCAUCAACCCGUGCCGUAACUGCGCCUCAGCGCAAUUGACCUGCACGUACAAUGCGAUACCACAGAAGAAGGGGCCUAAAGGUUCGAGGGCGAAGGUCAUCAGCGAAUUACGCGAAACCCAGCGACAAACCAGUCUCUCAGCAAAGGUCCAGAGCCGGUUGAAUGGACUCUCCAGUCCCCAAUGCAGCCCUACGUUACAACCUACUCCUGGCCUGCUAGCCAGCGAGAUGGCGAAAGAAUGCAUCGAAUUCUUUUUCGCUAAUAUGUAUCCGAUUAUGCCGAUUCUUCAUCGACAGCGACUCGAACAGCAGUCGAUGUAUCUCGAGCAGAGCCUCGACACCUAUUGCUUGAUCACUUCGCUUUGCGCUUGGAUGAUGUUCCAGCCUGGAAUGAACGUACCCGGUGCUGACCCUCUUCUCGAACAUCUACCCGGAGCCAACAUCGCUUCUGGUAUGGUUCUCAUUGAAGAAACGAUCCGAGUUCGAAAAGGAUGCGAUUACCAAGAAUCGCCAUCUCUAAACACCCUAUGCACCAGCUACUUCCUUUUCUGCUCUCAUUACGCACUCGACAUGCACGACAAGGCUUGGUUCUAUCUUCGAGAGGCUACGACUUUAGCCCAUAUCAUUGGAAUGAACAAGGAGGAAAAUUAUUUGCAAUAUGACAAUAUUGAGGCCUCACGACGACGACGCCUUUAUUGGCUUCUAUUCGUGACAGAAAGGGCAUAUGCUCUCCAGCGUGGACGACCUUUGACGCUUCAGGCUUCUAUCAACCUUCCGACGAUGACCGAUGAUCCAUCGGAUCCUUUAGCUCCCCAAUUGAAUGGCUUCGUUCUACUGGUAAACUUAUUUAGGCCGUUCGACGAUGUAUUCCUUUCCUUAUGGAAUAAGACUCGCGCUGAGUCAUCUCCAUCUUACCUCAGUGCUCUGCAGAAGCAAUUUUCGGACAUGAUUCCGCCAUACAUGAACGUCCAGGAUUCCGACCAGCGAGCGAAUCAGCAAUGGCUUAAGACGGUUAACUGGCACCUAAGCAUGCAAAAUGGAUGCGUUCCUCAGGGUAGCCAGGAACAGAUGCCGAUGCAGUACCCGAUCGAUAUGUCUCGAGACUUGAUGUCUAUGACAUCCCAAUUCUCGACUCACAGUAACGAGUUGAUUGGAUUACCAAUGGUUGCUAAGUUGUUGGAUAUCUCAUCUGCUCUGAUCGAUGUUUUAUCUAUAAUGCCUUCAUCUGGUGAUCCAUUCAGCAUGGGUCCUCGUGAACAACUCAACUCACUCCUUCAGCUUCUAUCGGUCCUUCGCAACGGAGACCACCAUUUCCUACCGCUUCUUCUGAACAAGGUCCACGACGUCUUGCCUCGCUUGGCUAACCCCAUACUUCAGCGUGCACCAGAAAACGCCUGCAUGCAGAACAUUGAUAUUUUUGAUGGAUUUGGUAAUGCCGGUAUGGCUCAGCCCCCGAUGAUGACGGAUUUCAAGACCGAGCCGUAUACGCCUGGCAGCAUGCAGCACAUUCAAGAUAUUGGAACCGACUCGGGUCAUUCGAAUAACGGCGAUGAUAUGAAGUCUCCUUUUCCCAUGGUUAGCUCGCCACCAAUGAUGUCGCCUGGAAAUGCGGAAUACCACGGAACAGAUUUCAAUUCCAUCCCUGACAUAAUGAGUCCGAUGGGACAAUCAUCACAACAUGGACUUGGCCAACAAGGUCCACUAAACCCACAGCAACCCCAUCAUCAGCAUCAGCACACACACCCGCAUACGCAUCCGCAUCCGCAUCAGCACCACAAUCUGGCGUCACACAACAUGAACCAGAACCACAACGUGGGUAACCCGAUGCAGACCGAUAUGCACGCGAAUCUUGGUCACGCCCUUAACCAACCCCCCAGCAUCGCAAAUAUGGGUCAGCAACAACAACAGAGCAUAGGCCAGAACCCACAAUUUGGUAUGAUGAAUAAUAUGCUGCACCGACAACCGCCACAGAGACAAAAUAGCUUCGUCAUGCACCAACAACACCAACAUCAGCCAUCCCAAAUACCGAGGACAGUCGGCGACUUCCACGCACUCCAACGAGCGAAUUCCGAAAACGUAUCGAUGAAUUCUCUCGGCCUUAGUCACAUGAACGCCGAGGUAGACUUCAGCGGGUUAAGGUAGUAAUGCCGGGGAUGGCGCUCAUCUACACGAGAGGGUCCGUCUUACAAGCAUCCUGGCUCGCGAUCCCCCUUCCAUCGGUCAGUCAUAACCAGAACAAAUAUAACGACAACAACAACGACAACAAACAGCAUGACUUCUUUACUUAA